UCAAAAAAUUUGUUCUAAAAAAAACAACAACAAAUCUGAAAACUUCUAUAAAUUCCAUGUAUUUUGAGUUUGAGUAUUUCCUCUCAGAUAAGUGCGUUAUAUACAUUCUUGGUGAGUCAUGGAGGUGGAAGAGGACAUCAUACAAAGUCGGGAAGACUUAUCCAUAGACAGUUUACCAGAGGAACUUCUUGAAUUCAUUUUAUCAUUAAUUCCUCCAUACAAGGAUUUACACAAUUGCAUGUUAGUUUCAAAGAAAUGGAGAAGAUGCGUUUUAAAUGUUGUCAGGACGCGAAAACGUAACUUUCAGAAAGCCAUCGACCAAGUUUAUAUAAAAUGGGACCACCUGGUUCCAUCAGGUUCAGCUUCGAUAAUAACAAAGAGGUUCUCUCACGCUGCCGUAAUUUGUGAUAACUCUAUGUAUGUAUUUGGGGGGUGCACAAGUGCAAUGACCACAUUCAAUGAUCUCUGGAUGCUCAAUUUGUCAAAUAGAAAAUGGGAAAGACCUUAUGCUAUGGGUACUUAUCCUGCACCAAAAGCUUGUAGUUCGUUGGUUGUAUAUACAGAUUUAUUAGUAUUAUUUGGGGGUUGGACUUAUCCUCCAUCCUAUCCAUUGUACCAAAGUUGGCAUUUAUAUAACGAACUUCAUGUGUACGAUACGUUAGCGAAUCGUUGGACAUGUAUCAGUACCUUAAAUACCCCUCCCCCUAUGGCAGGACAUUCUGCAUCGGUCAUAGGGGAGUGGAUGAUUAUAUUUGGAGGCCUACAAAAACCAGGCACCGCUGUCCAUUGUGAAAAGUCAAAUGAUAUUUGGAAGUUGAAUUUGGAAACUUGGACUUGGUAUAAACAAGGAGUUCACUUUGGUCCAAAGCCUAGCGGUAGAUUUGGCCAGACUCAGGUGGUGCUAGACGAUAAGAAUUUGUUGAUUCUCGGUGGUUCCGGGGGGCCAAAUACGCAGCAUUGUGACUGUUGGGUUUUGAAUAUGGAGGGUAGCCUGUGGAGGUGGAUUAAGGUGGAUAUUGAUGGAAAAAUUAAUGAGCCUACGAAUAUAUGGAGUAAUCCUGGAUGUAAAAUAGGGGACAAGAUAGUUGUUCUAAAUAGAAUAAAACAAAAUGAAGACACACCGAUAGUGUAUUAUCCCAGGAGCCACUGGAACCAAACUCUUCCCGAAGACGGAAGAUUGUCAAGAAUAGACUUGGCAAACAGGAGACUGGAUAAAGAUGAAAACGUAAACGGAAGAAGGGGAUUUUUAAAGAAAUUGUUUAAGAACAAAAAAGAAGUUGAAGAUGACGAAGAGGAAGAUCCAGGUCCAUCAGGCAUGGUAGAAGUGAGAAGGAUUCAGUGUACCGACUAUUUGAAUAUGGCAGCUUUCACCCAACCCUCCUCCUCCUCAGUGCAGCACAAAAACAUGCUCAGAGAGAAAAGACUGGAUCGACUUCAGAAAGUCGAAGAAAAACUCUCCAUGAAGCACUCAAACGUUCUGGCCAAGCAGAAAGAAAAAAAGACUCACCGUUUAGGUAUUUAUCUGUUGGAUAUUUCGCAAGUGUUGGGUAAAAAAUCGAAAGCCACGUGGUUAAGCCCGAAAAACUUGAAUUCCGGCCCCGAAGAAACGAUACUCUAUACUUUGGUAGAGGGCAAGUCUGAACUGGUCAUGUUCGGAGGUGUUCUAAAGGACGCGAAUACGUCGCUAACGUGUAGCUUAAGUAAUCAAAUUUGUAAUUCGUUGCACUUUAUAAGUUCGCCAAAUUACGUUGUUUGAUAGGUAAUUGGUAGAGAGGACCUUGAAAUAUAUCCCACCGUUUUGUUUAUAUUUUUUAUAGUAUUUGCAAUGUUUUGUUUAUAGUGUUUAAGAAAAGAAACCUAUGUUCCUUUGUGAUUAAAUUAGUGGGUAAGUUUGAAAAUCCACACACACUUUUUUAAAUAUACGUUUUAUUUAAGGGA